CGGCGGAAGGAGGGUGUUUUCGCUCUAAAGAAGCGCCAGCUCUCAUUGAAUGAGCCAAGAUUUAAAUAAACAUUUAUUUCGCGUUUACUUUUCCUUCCUCGCGAAGCUCGGUUAUCCGUUUGUUGCGUUGGCGGACAACGCUUAAGGUUUUGGCUUGAGGAUACGGUUAAACGCGAGGAGGCAGGCUGGCGCAGGUCGUAGGGUGCCCUUGGAUCAUGAGAGACAGUGGCAGCAGCCUGGCUCAAACACACUGGUCCAAUGAGUUGACACUGACCACGGGGCAGGAAGGCAACGGGGUUGGGGGUGCCAUUGGAGGAGGCCAUUUGAUGAAUCCAGCUAUGGCCCAACACGCCCCCAGCCCCGCCCACUUUAAACUGGGGCGUAGAGAGGAAGACGUCAGCAUGUGGGGGGCAGACUAUACUGUCCCUGAGGAGGAGGAGGAUGAAGAAGAAGAGAUGGAGGAAGAAGAGGAAGAAAAUGUGGAGGAAGAUCUGGAGGAAAAGAAAGUUGUGGGCGAUUUCCAGUGGUGUGAUAAAAGUAACGAGGAAUGGGGCUCGCCAGAACAUUCAAAACCUGUGGAAAUGGAUGUCAGUGUCACAGGGGACUUUAUCCACUGCUUGAACCAGACCGGGGUCAGUCCACUCAAAAAGAGGAGGCUGGCACGGUUGCGUUAUCGGGGCUUGGGGUGCACGAGCAUUCGGUACCGAUUGGCCCAGCACUGGAGAACUUGGCGGCAGCGGGCCAAAUGGGCGGGAAGUAUGGGAUACAGGAGGGUACGCAGAUGUCACAGACGUCGCCGCACAGACAGUCGACUUUACCAGAGACAUUCUGGCAGGUCAUUGUUAAAUGGAGACCCUUUGGGGACAGCAGAAGAGACAGAAGAUUCCUGUACGAAUGGUAUUUCGAAAGGAAAUGAUGGUAUCCAUUGUGCAAACAUUAAAGAACGGAUCUCACCUGCCAAUGUUCAGUCUCAACGGGAAAACCGAAUCAACUCUACACAGAAUCAGCUUAGCAGUGAACACAUUUCUUGUGUACAAGGUUUCCUCGAAGAGUUUCUCCAGCAGUACGGCAGUUUGAUUCCCAUCCAUGUGGACGAGGUGGUGGAGAAACUUCAAGACAUAUUCAACGAGAGCUUCUCAAGUCCACACAGGAAAGUAAUGGUGCAACAUUUAAUGCAGUCCUACCAACGCAUGUCUGGAAGCGCAGUGAUGCGAGGGUUUCGUGUCAAUUACAAACGUCAUGUUCUCACUAUGGAUGAUCUGAGCACACUGUAUGGCCAGAACUGGCUCAAUGAUCAGGUCAUGAACAUGUAUGGGGAUUUGGUCAUGGACGCUGCCCCUGAAAAGGUCCACUUUUUUAACAGCUUCUUUUAUGACAAGCUUCGGACGAAAGGUUACGACGGGGUCAAACGGUGGACAAAAAAUGUUGAUAUUUUUCAGAAGAAGUUCUUAUUGAUCCCGAUUCAUUUGGAAGUGCAUUGGUCUUUAGUGUGUGUCAAUGUACCUCAGCGUAGCAUCACUUACUUUGAUUCCCAGAGGACCCUUAACCGUCGUUGCCCUAAGCAUAUUGCCAAAUACCUGCAAGCAGAGGCAAUCAAGAGAGAACAAAAGGAAUUUUACACAGGGUGGAAAGGCUUUUUCAAAAUGAAUGUGGCAAGGCAGAACAAUGACAGUGAUUGUGGAGCUUUUGUCCUUCAGUACUGUAAGUGCCUGGCCAUGGAGCAGCCUUUCAGCUUUGGACAGCAGGAUAUGCCAAAGCUACGGAGACAAAUGUACAAGGAACUAUGUCACUGUAAACUGUCUCUGUGAGACUGUAGAAGAAGAAGGGACAUCUUCUACAUAAGCUCCAUGUCCAGCGUUUAGAUGGAAGACAUGCAAACGUUUAACCAUUCUCCUUUUUUCCCCAAAUAUUUUGUAUUUUGACUUUGUGAAUGCCACACUAUCUUCAGCCCAGUUGUUUGUUUGUUCAGAUCAAAACAAAGGAGUUAUUUUCGUGAAAUUGGAGGAGGUGAAUAAAAAGUCAGUGAACUUUUUCUUAGGUGCUCGCCAUUUUGUUGGCAAGUGUAGUUUUUUAUUUUUUACGUACUUGAUGUUAAUCAUAUGCUACAUGGUAACACCACUGAGUGACGGAGGGAGAAGCCCUGCAGACAUUUUUUAAAAUGUAACGCGAUAUUCAUGUACUGAGUCAAUAUGGACCACGACACUAUGAGGAUUUUUGUUUGUUCAAUAUUGUUUGUUGUUAUAUCUGUACGAUUUAAAUGGAAAACUAUAGAGAGAGAGAGAGCAAGAAA